AUGGGGGGUAGACAGCACUGCACCUCCUGUCAGCUCUGCUCACUCUGGAUCCCCAGUGGAAAGUGGAUGACUUGGGCUCUAUUGUAAACACCUGGAUUCCAGCUGGGACCUGGAGUUUCUGGGGACACCUGCCAGGGAGAUAGGACCAUAGGGCUGCCCCCAGCACUGCUCCUUCUCUGCCUCCCAGGCUGUUUGUCCCUGACGGGCCCCAGCUCUGUGACGGGAACCACGGGGAGCUCUCUGAGCAGUCGGUGUCAGUACGAGAAGGUGUACGAGGGGUGUAACAAAUACUGGUGCAGAGGAGAGUAUGACACAGCAUGUGACAUGAUUAUGGAGACCAAAGGAAAAGAGAAAGAAGAGAGGAAGGGGCGCAUGUCCAUUAGAGACCAUGCUGAUAACCUCACCGUCACAGUGACCGUGGAGAACCUCAGCACAGACGACGCUGGAUCCUGCUAGUGUAGAAUUCAGGCAGUCUGGAUCCUGGACGUGUUGUCACGUGACCCCUAGGUCCAGGUUAAAGUGUAUGUUUUCCCAGAGCCUCCUGCAGGUGCCCCCAUUUCUCAACUCUCUCCUUUCUGCUCGCCUGGAAAGAGGAUGAGUCACGCUUCCUCCUUUGUGCUCCUGCUCUACCUGGUGAACCAGUACCUCCCAGUGACCACCACUUCCUAUUGGAUGAACGCUGGGCAGAGCCCCAGCACCAAGGAGGUGUCGACCUGCUGCCCAGCGUCCCUGCUCCACAAUGUCCACUUCCUGCUCCUGGUCUUCCUGAAGCUGCCCCUGUUCCUGAGCAUGGUCGGUGCUGUCCUCUGGGUGAACAGACCUCAGAGGGGCCCUGGAGCAGAGCUGCUACCUGAGUCCUGA